UUUUCGGUAAUAUACUCUUCUCAUGCAUUCUCAAACCAGGACUUUGGGAGGGUUUUAGCAGCGAUGCACAUGCACUAAAAUACCUACUUUCUUCGAGCUCUACUCAACCAAUGGCGAUUAUUCACGAAGACGAACAGAUAUAAAAGUAGAGAGAGGACACAAAAGGUCGGGAAACCGAAUUCUUGUCGGCUUUCUUCAUUCAGUCAUCAUCUAUGCUGAAGGUUUUAUCAGCUUCAUGCCGACAGGGCCGAUUGCAGAAUUUAACUCCAAGACUUCCCGGAAAUUUCUCUUAUGGGGGAGAACAAAGAGCUCCAUUACUUAGAGUUUUGGGCUCUCUGACAAGUUCGAGUCCAAGAAAUUCAGGUUUAUCUAAAAGAGUAUAUUUCUGUUCAGAGUCUGGCGACGGGUCCAAUCCCGUGGUUGAGCCUGAGGAAAAGACAGCUGAAGUCGAAGCCGCGGUGGAGAAUGCGGAGGAAGUCGAUUCGAAAGCUUCGUCAGCUAUAGUCCCUACUAAUCCCAGACCAGAGGAUUACCUCACGGUGUUAGCUUUGCCACUGCCACAUAGACCUUUAUUUCCAGGUUUCUACAUGCCUAUCUAUGUGAAGGAUCCUAAACUAUUAGCAGCUUUGGUGGAAAACCGUAAGCGACAGGCCCCAUAUGCGGGUGCUUUUUUGCUUAAAGAUGAACCGGGGUCAGAUCCUAGUCUUGCAGCUGGUUCAGAAACCGAGAAGAACAUAUAUGACCUUAAAGGAAAAGAAUUGUUCAACCGUCUUCAUGAAGUUGGCACCUUAGCCCAGAUAACUAGUAUCCAAGGAGAUCAGGUUGUGCUUAUUGGCCAUAGGCGACUUCGGAUAACUGAGAUAGUUAGUGAGGAUCCCCUGACAGUUAAAGUUGAUCAUCUCAAGGAGAAACCUUAUAAUAAGGAUGAUGAUGUUAUCAAGGCCACAUCUUUUGAAGUUAUAGCAACCCUAAGGGAUGUUCUUAAGACGAGUUCCUUAUGGAGGGAUCAUGUCCAGACAUAUACCCAGCAUAUAGGUGACUUCAAUUUUCCAAGGCUAGCGGAUUUUGGAGCUGCUAUUUCAGGAGCAAACAAAUUGCAAUGCCAGAAAGUGCUUGAAGAACUAGAUGUGUAUAAGCGUUUAAAUCUGACUCUGGAAUUAGUGAAGAAAGAGAUGGAGAUUAGCAAGAUACAGGAAUCAAUAGCAAAAGCAAUUGAAGAGAAAAUAAGUGGUGAGCAGCGCCGCUAUUUAUUGAAUGAACAGCUUAAAGCAAUAAAGAAGGAGCUUGGUUUGGAGACUGAUGACAAAACUGCACUUUCUGCAAAGUUUAGGGAAAGGCUUGAACCCAAUAAGGAGAGAUGUCCACCACAUGUUCUGCAAGUUAUAGAAGAGGAGCUAACAAAGCUCCAGCUUCUAGAGGCCAGUUCGAGUGAGUUCAAUGUUACCCGUAACUAUCUAGAUUGGCUCACUGCAUUGCCUUGGGGAAACUAUAGUGAUGAGAAUUUUGAUGUCCAUCGUGCUCAAACAAUACUGGAUGAGGAUCACUAUGGUUUGACUGAUGUUAAGGAGCGAAUAAUGGAAUUCAUUGCAGUUGGAAAACUUAGAGGAACCUCUCAAGGAAAAAUCAUUUGCCUGUCUGGGCCUCCUGGAGUGGGUAAAACCAGCAUUGGUCGUUCCAUUGCACGUGCCUUGAAUCGUAAGUUCUAUCGGUUUUCUGUAGGAGGAUUGGCUGAUGUAGCUGAAAUUAAGGGGCAUCGUCGAACCUAUAUAGGUGCCAUGCCAGGAAAGAUGGUGCAGUGUCUGAAAAAUGUUGGAACAGCUAACCCUCUUGUUUUGAUAGAUGAGAUCGACAAGUUGGGAAGGGGGCAUGCUGGUGAUCCUGCAAGUGCAUUGUUGGAGCUUCUUGAUCCAGAGCAAAAUGCAAACUUUCUUGACCACUAUCUUGAUGUUCCUAUAGACUUAUCAAAGGUUCUGUUUGUCUGCACAGCAAAUGUAGUAGAAAUGAUACCCAAUCCUCUCUUGGACAGAAUGGAGAUCAUUGCCAUUGCUGGCUAUAUAACUGAUGAGAAGAUGCACAUUGCCAGGGAUUAUUUGGAAAAGACAACUAGGGAAGCUUGUGGCAUCAAACCUGAACAAGUUGAAGUGACUGAUGCAGCUCUUCUUGCUCUGGUAGAAAAUUAUUGCCGAGAAGCAGGAGUUAGGAAUUUGCAGAAACACAUUGAGAAGAUAUACAGGAAGAUUGCUCUACAACUUGUGCGGAAAGAAGUAACAAAUGAAUCAUCUCCAGCCAUUGGAGUCAAACUUGAACCAGAAGAAAACAAAGAAAAGUCUGCUGAAGAAUGCAAUGGGACUUUGGCAAGGAAGAUUGAGAUUGUUGCUGAACCAGAGGAAGGUGGGGAUCAAGAGCAGGCUAGUGCUAUUGAAUCUGAUCAAAUGCAGAUGGAUCUCCCAGUGGUUGAAAUCCCACAAGAAGAUAUUUUAUUGGUUGAUUCAAAGGAACAUGUAGAAACAGAUCAGCUCCAGGAAACUGAAGCAAGUAAGACCAUUGAGAAAGUGCUGGUCGAUGUGUCGAACUUGUCUGAUUUUGUUGGAAAACCUGUUUUUCAUGCUGAACGCAUCUAUGAUCAGACGCCAGUUGGAGUUGUGAUGGGCCUUGCAUGGACUGCAAUGGGUGGUUCAACCUUGUAUGUAGAAACCACCCAGGUUGAACAAGGAGAAGGGAAAGGAGCACUCCACCUCACUGGACAACUUGGAGAUGUCAUGAAGGAGAGUGCCCAGAUAGCACACACAGUUUCCAGAGCAAUAUUACUUGAGAAAGAUCCAAAUAACCACUUCUUUGCUAAUACAAAGCUCCAUCUCCAUGUGCCUGCUGGAGCUACCCCAAAGGAUGGCCCAAGUGCUGGUUGCACCAUGAUCACAUCAAUGCUGUCCUUAGCAAUGAAGAAGCCUGUAAAGAAGGACCUAGCAAUGACUGGGGAAGUAACACUGACAGGGAGGGUCCUUCCAAUUGGUGGUGUCAAAGAGAAGACAAUUGCUGCUAGGAGGAGUGGCGUGAAGACUGUCAUAUUCCCUUCAGCUAACAGAAGGGACUUUGAUGAGCUUGCAUCCAAUGUAAAAGAGGGCAUUGAAGUUCACUUUGUAGAUGACUACAGUCAGAUUUUUGAGUUAGCUUUUGGUGGUGAUCAGGGUACGGAAAAAUGAACUAUGGUGCUUAACUACGUCUUCAACUACCUACCCUUCCGGAUCCCAAGAAGGAAAAACGUCAUAGCAUUGAGUCCUAGCCAUCAACAAUUUUGUAGGUUUGGAUCUUCUAAUAAAGAGAUUCUGAGAAGCAGGUAGGGUUGAGCAAGAAUUUUAUUAGGUUCACAGUUGGCCAUUAUUUAUUCAGUUCUGAAGUUCAGGUAAGUUAUUUUUUUAUUAUCUGGAUUAAAGUAAGAUCCACCAUCAUUUAUUUAUAAUAUUACCUGCCUGUGUAAAAAUCUCAUCAUAUAGUUUUAAGCGUGUAACAGUUCUAACAUUAUUUUUGAGGUUGAAUCAGGUUUUGUUGUCUUUUCUUUUUAACUUUCUGUGUGGAACGAUUCUAUAGCUAAUUUGUUUUGUUCUGAUGUAAAAAUUGGAUUUUAUGGCAUCUAGAUUUAUGGGUUA